AAUAUUAUAUAGUUAAUAGUUAAAGUUUUAUCAUUUUUUAAAUUUGUUAACACAACAUGUUUUAGAUACUUUUAUUUUGUAUUGGGAUACCUAAUGUUCUAAAUGAGCGUGGGGCUAAAACUUACAGGUCAAAUUUCCCAAUUUAUCUAAGUAAAACAUAGUAAUUUUUUUAUUAAAACUUAACGGCACAGUAAAAGUAGAAUUAAGUUCUUCGUGCUUGUUUUGUGACAUACGAUGUCAUAACACAAAUCAUGUACGGUUGGUUUACGUCAGUCAGGAAAAUAACGAAACAAUUUGCGGGUGUUCUGGAUCAAUAAUCUAUUUUCUGUUUCAUAUUCUUCAAUCGAACUUGUAGACUACAGUAUUGUUGUAUUAUUAAGGCUGAGAUUUAAUGGUUUUGCAUAUCGAAAAAUAAGUGGUAUCAUACUAAUUCGAUUCAAGGCAUAACUGUUCUAAAAUUUUUUUUUCCUAAUUAUUAUUUUUUUUCAUAAUAAUACAUUAAUACCUGUGUAUAUUUAACGCACAUUAUUUAAUAGUACCUAUAUAUUGUACUAUAUACACGUGCCAUAAACAUAAUGUACAAUACAAACUAUUGUGCACAAUUAAUUCAUGAACUAAUUUUAUUACAAUUGCAGAGUUUUGAAUAUCUUUUUAAAUUGUCGGUAAUGUUCCCUAUUUCUCCUGUACAUAAUCGAAUGCAUUGCGAUUGUUUAUGAACCGCCUAGUGCAUCGGAAUCGCAGCUCUCUGAUUAUUAUUACGUAACGCAACGCGCUGGUUCGGGAAACGACGUCCACCGCGGAUAGUAUAUUAUUAUCGUGUGUACGGCGACUGCGCGCAUUUUUAGCCGCUCCGGCGGCGGCACGCGCCGUUUUCUAUUUUUGUACUAUUAUACACACACAUCGGUGCUUGGCACACGACCGAGCGAGCGGCGGCGAUGGCGACUGGUGUGGAAGUAUAGCGGCGGCGGUCAGUCGGCGGCGCGCAAUGGUGCCGGUGGGCGACAAGAGCAGCACCGGGUCAUCGUCGGCGGCGUACAACGCGGCCGGCGCCGACAACCCCAAGGAGCGGCUGAAGGAGUGUUGCCGGAAGUUGGUGGCGUUCAUGUGCACGCAGGUGGGCGUCGGUGGCCUGGUGGUCGGCUAUGCGGUGGUGGGCGCGUUCUGCUUCAUACAGAUCGAGGGCCAGGCGGGCGACGCUCAACAUCACGCCGUCGAGCAGCUCCGGCACAACUGUUCGGUGAACGUGUGGAACGCUACAAACACGUACAACGUGCUGUACCGGGACAACUGGACGCGGCAGGUGACGGACGCGCUCACGCACUUCCAGGUCAACUUGGCGCUCAUCGUCAAGAAGGGCUACGACGGCCGGACCACCGAGGAGACGUGGUCGUUUUCUGCCGCCCUCAUGUUUUCCCUGUCCAUAUUCACCAUGAACGGUUACGGUAACGUCGUGCCCAAGACCAUGCUGGGCAAGGCCGCCACCGUCGUGUACGCUGUGUUCGGCAUACCCUUGUACGUGCUCUACUUCCGAAACAUGGGAAAGGUGUUAGCCCAGAGUUUCCGGUGGCUAUACACGUGGGUGUACCAGUGCAGCAUGGAAGACAAGGCUGGCAGUGACCCGUACAAUCAACAGUUGCCCCAGAAGUCGAGGGUGAUCGUGCCGUCCAUGGCUUGCCUGUGGGUGCUGGCGGCGUAUGUGGCCACCGGCACGGUGACGUUUGUCACGCUCGAAGACUGGUCGUACCUGGACAGUACGUUUUUCUGCGUCACUAGCUUGUGCAAGAUCGGUAUCGAGAACUUCGUGCCGGUGGGCAGCAUCACGGACGCCGCGACCGAUCACCCUAUGAAGCUGGUCAUCAAGUUCGUGUACCUACUGCUGGGCAUGGGCAUCAUAGCCAUGUGCUUCGACCUGAUGCGCGAAGACGUCCAGGUCCGGGUGAGGAACCUGAAAAUGGAUAUCGGACUGUGCUUCGAAGACAUACGGCUGCGGGCCGUGGCCGUGUACAGACGUCGAAACUCAUUCGAUUGACGUCCACGCACAUCAUAUAUAAAACAUUUGAUCAUAAGACAUAAUAUUAUUGUAAUAUUGUUAACGAUAAACGCCCGUUAUAUAUGUUUCGAACGUAUUGUGUAUCUUUUAUAAUUAUAUUUUAUGUACCUACGACGA